AUGGCGACACCUUCAAGCUCCCGAGACGAUGAAGGUGUUACUUCCGAAUGUCCAUCUGAUUCGGGGCUUUUAUAUACACCUGACUCGAAAAACUCGCGAAAGCGCAUCCGCGACUCUGUAGAGGAUAGCUAUGAUGAUGGGAUGCUGUGGGAUCUCACCGAAGAUGGUCGCCCUAAGACUCGUCGAGUCAAUCCACAACGUCUUGCUAUACGUCUUGGGCCAGAUCUUGUUGCUGAAAUGGAAGCUCACAUCGUUCCUGGUGCAAAAAUGCCAACGUUUGCCGUAAGGAAAGAUUUUCAAGAGCGUUACUCGGUCGACCGAAGGCACAUAUAUGACUAUUUUCACUCAAGAGGUAAAGGCGUAUCUCUCGCACGCCAAAUAUAUGUUCUUUGGCUAAACGAAGUCGCAGGUCUACGUGUUGCAAAGGAGGACAAACACACCAAUCUCAUUCGAGGGCGCGCGGCGAAAGCAGCCCAGGCACAACUUCAAGCAGCAUCUAAAUCUGCCGAUAUAGAUAAAGAAGUCAGCCCUUCCUGUAACGCACCACCUAAAAGACCUUUCCUGAGCAAAGUCGCACCUUCCGCGAGGGGUCGACCAAAGGUACCGAAGAGACAAGUCAAAGCCCAGGAAAGAAAACUUCGAGUAAAAUUGGAGCAAUCUCCGGAAAUACCCCCAGUCGCUAUCAAAACCGAACCGGAUUUUUUCAUUCCUGCUUUGUGUGGCGUUUCUUCUGAAAAUGAAGCUGGCCCUUUUAACUCUUCUUCUGGAACUGAGACCGACUGGGAAUCGUCUAUGCCUUGUCCUGGACUUUCUGUUUCUUGCGACACCUCCGAUGAGAAGGAAGAAGAUACUGUCGACAUGUCGGACUUCUUGACUUUACCUGACGACGAAUUUGUUUCUGGAUAUUCCGAGCUCCCUGUACCUGCUUUGCAGCAGCCUUUCUUGGAAACUGAAUCGAGCGCCAUCGAAAUGGAUUCUAUAACUGCGAUUGAUCAUGGCCUACUUACUGAGGCGGAGAGAACUGAGCUUUACAAUCUAAUCGACAACAAUAUACCCAUGGUUCUAUACGAAUCUGUUGGGACAUACCACAGCUUCAUGAACGAAAAGGCGCAAGCUUUUUUUGACCAUAUGCUUCCCAUGUCGGUGCAGUCACUGCGUUCUCGAUCUUGGAGAAUGGGUUCUAAAUCAACGAAAACACUGCUUGUUGAUUCUGCUUCGGACUGUCCUGAGCUACAUAAAUGGCUUUCUGAUGAUCUCGAUAUCUGCCAGAGUAGCGCCAUCGAUGCCUUUGAAUUAGAUGCUAUUCAUGAUAAUCUCGACAGGAACAAUGCCCUUGAUAUAGCAUCGGGCCAUUAUCAUGGAACAUCUGGUGGCCCAUAUCAUGUCUGA